CAGUUUGGAAACUUGAAACUACAAGAAGAGAGUUCAAAUUAUGGCUAAGCAAAACUCAGUGUCCUACUCACCUGCCAUUGAACCAGAGAAGAUAUGCUGGAGAAGAAGCCAACAGGCAAACCCAUUCCAUUCUUACCCUCAAUCAAGAGAGAUGACAUCAACUCAGACCAACGCCAUGGAAUUCUUGUGUAGAACAUGGAGCCCUUCUUCCAACGAAUUCCUACAUAUGUUAUCAUCUGGUAACCAUCUCUUGCCAGUGACAAGCACAGACCUAGAAUACCAGCAAGAACAACUCGAGGAGAUGUCUCGGAAUACCACCAGUAAAGCACUAGCAACUAGAGAAGAUAAUUCCUCUGUAAUGAAGCAAUGGUCAAAGGGCAACUUAUUAACUAGGUUCUUCAGAUCAUCACAUCAGGAGAAGAAAGAGAAACUCCGACUGAGAACUGCAAAAGUGCAUGCUGCACUCUCUCUUACACAGCUUGCUGCAGCAAUUGCCGGGCUUGCCAGCAGUAGCAAAGCAGAAACAGAAGAGUUUCACUUCAAUAAUGCUAUAUCAGGAGAACAGAGAAACAAUAUGGGUGCUGUUCUUGCUUCAGCAGCAGCUCUUGUAACAACAGUAUGUGCUGAGGCAGCAGAAUCUCUCGGUGCAGGAAGAGUUCAAGUUGCGGCUGCUGUCAACUCUGGUCUCGCCAUCCAUACUCCUAUAGAUAUGCUAGCAGUGACAGCAACCACAGCAACAUGUCUAAGAGGUGCUGCAAUUCUCAAAUCUAGAAUCCUUGAGGAUUCCCUUAGUAGGACCCCAUGUAUUACGAGAGUAAGUGCUAGAAUAUGGAUAAUCAUGCCCUCAGGGCGUAUAGAGGACAAAUGGGUAACUGUGCAUCUAAAGCAAAAACAGCUCAUUCUGAGUGUUGGAAAGAAUAACUUUUGGGCUCUAAGAACUUCCAAAGACUACAAGCUCAUGAGAAUUGCAGAGGAAUGUACAGAAGGUCAACACAACUACAUUCUGAGUUUAAAGACAGAGAGUGGAAUAGUUAAGCUUCUCUUUGAAGAUAUGAACCAAUCAAGGAUCUGGAUAUCUACCAUCUCCUAUCUCUUAGAUAAGAACAAAGCAUCUUGAAAAUGAGGUUGUAUGUGUUCAUCUUGUUCUAUCAUGUAACCUAAAUAGCACAUGAAUGAUCUCAAAUUGAUCCAUCAACCGCAUCUCAGAAAGCGAUCAAGCACGCAACAUAACUAACCAAAGGGAAAACAUGCCUCAGCAACACUUAUUAGACUUUACGCUUGCAGUUGAUGGCAUAAAUAAGCAGAUUUCUAGGGCCUCUAAGGCCAUGAUAGUGAAGUAAUAUGGUUGUUUUAAUUAAGAAUUGAUGUUGAUGAGUA